ACUCACAAAACACUUUGUAUUUUCCGUUAUCUGAGAGCUGUGAGCUUCUUCUAGUCGAACAAAAAUGGCGGUAACGAAGCAACUGCCGGCGGCGGAAGAAGAGAAGCUGCUGAGGCAGAGGAACGCGGAAUUGGAGAGGGAGUUGAGGAAGAGCCAGGAGAGGGAGGAGCGGAUGAAGGCGGAGCUCCAGAGGGCCCGCGAAAGGCUCCGAGUCGCCGAGGAGGCGGAGGAGCGCCUCUGCUCGCAGCUUGGUGAGCUCGAAGCCGAGGCAGUCGAUCAGGCGCGGAUGGAUCAUGCCCGGAUUCUGGCCCUCGUGGACAAGCUCUCGCAGGCCCAGCGCCUCCUCCAGGCUUCUGCCGUUGCCCUGCCACCGGGACUCGCUUCCACUGACAGCCUGGUUAAAACUUGAGUUACUAACCGCUUCCUCUUCUGUAACUGUUCUUGGUCGUGUUGUUGGUUGUAAUUAGAGGCGGAUCCUUUCCUCAACCACCAAGUUUGGGCAUCCGGCCGUUGAAAUUUGAUCAACUGCUAAAGUUAUUAUAACUUUUAAAGUAGACUCUAUUUGUAGUCAUUGGAUCAAAUUUCAAUGACUUAAAUUUCCGAAUUUGGUAAAUUAGGAGGAAGAGAUCUAGAGAUGAUCAUUUUCUGUAAUUAGAGUAGUAUAGAGAAAUCUGACCCGUUGAGGUGUUAAUAUCUCAAACCAAUAAUGUACUUCUGUAGCUAAGUCUUAUCAUGAAAAAAUGGAUGAGUUUUUCGUUGUAA